UCAACCUUUUUAUCUAUCAAAUUUCCAAGAGUCAAGAAAUUCAUUUUCAGUCGUAUUUUCGUUCUUGCAUUUGCCGUCGGUUAUUCAAUUUUUUUCUAAUUAAACAAUUCGGUUUUACCUAGAAAAAUAUGGGGUGCAUGUACACGGCCGGCCGGGCGCCUAAGAUAUUUUUCAAUACUGCUAGUGCUACGUCAGCUGAAAAUUAAUACCAUAUCUAUCGCCUUAAUCACAAAGUUUUAUUAUUUCAGCAUGACAACUUUGCAAGCUGAUGAGUUUCUCUCCCAUCCGUUUCUAGUGAUUCUCAUCAUCACUUUAUUCUCGGCAUGGAUGCUCAAGAAAUGUGUAUUCCCUUCCAAAAAGCAGCCGCCAUCUCCGCCAAAGCUGCCGGUGAUCGGAAACCUCCACCAACUGAGCGCGCUGACCCACCGCGCCCUCCAAUCCUUAGGCGCGAAGCACGGCCCAAUCAUGCUCCUCCACUUCGCCAGCAAGCCCGUGAUCGUUGUCCAAUCAGCGGAUGCAGCCACUCAGAUCAUCAAAGAUCACGAUCUCAUCUUCUCCGAUAAGCCCUACACCAGAUCCACGCGCCGGCUUCUUUAUGACCUCAAGGAUGUGAUCAUCGCUCCUUACGGCGAGUAUUGGAGGAAACUCAAGAGCAUAUGCAUUCUCCAACUGCUGAGCAGCAAAAGGGUGCAGUUUUUCAAGUUUAUUAGGGAGGAGGAGACGGCACUCUUGCUGGAGAAGAUUGAGUCUUCUUGCUCAUCUAGCUCGCCCGUGAAUUUGAGCGAAUUGUUUGAUCUCCACGCGAACAAUGUGAUCUGCAGAGCCGCUUUUGGGAGGAGGUGUAGUGAAGGGAGAGGCGGCAGGAGCUUUCCGAUGCUCCUCAGGGAACUGUUCCAGCUGAUGGGUGCUGUUGAGAUUGGAGAAUUUGUUCCAUGGCUCUCGUGGAUUAGUCGUCUUAAUGGCUUCAACAAUAGAGUUGAUAAUGUCUCGAAAGAAAUUGAUGAAUUCUUGGAGCUAAUAGUCCAAGAACACCUUAAUAGAGGCCUACAAAGCACUGAUGCAGUAGAUGGAAACACAGAGAAUUUUGUUGAUAUUUUGCUCAAUGCUUCCAUUGAUAGAGAUGGCAUCAAAGCAAUCAUUCUGGAUAUGCUUGCUGGAGGAACAGAUACAACAUCUUCAACUCUAGAAUGGGCGAUGACAGAACUCUUAAGACACCCCGCAGUCAUGACCAACUUGCAAAUAGAAAUACGAGAAAUUGUGAAAGACAGAGAGUGCAUAACUGAUGAGGACUUGGGGAAAAUGCAGUAUCUGAAAGCUGUGAUCAAGGAAACUUUGCGUCUGCAUCCUCCAGUCCCACUACUAGGGCGAGUGGCACGAGAAGAUGUAACAGUUAUGGGGUACGAAAUCACGGCCACCACAUUGGUCCUCACCAACGUAUGGGCGAUUGGUAGAGAUCCUGCAUCCUGGGAUGAAGCGGAGAAGUUUUAUCCCGACCGGUUCCUCAAUUCUUCACUAGACUUUAAGGGUCUCGAUUUCAAGUUCAUCCCAUUCGGGCAUGGGAGACGGGGCUGUCCAGGGAUCGCGCUUGCAAUGGCAAGCGUUGAGCUCGUGCUAGCAAAUCUUGUGCACAAGUUUGAGUGGGAACUGGCUGAGGGAACAAAAUGUGAGAAUUUGGAUGUAAUGGAAGAGCCUGGUGUUACCCUUCAUAGAAAACAUCCUAUUCUUGUUGUGCCAGCUCUUCGUCAUUUGUAACUGGAACCACGUUAUUAUAGUUUUAUAUACACAACUCGACAUUUUGAAGAAAACCAAGUUUUCUCUUCCCAGGUUGAGAUUCGGUUUAUUCGAUUGUUUUAACUAUUUUUCCAAUUGAAAUGAUUUUCGGUUUAAUCUUUU